GCUCGGACGUCCAAAACAACUCGUCGUCGUUGUCGACGUCGAAAAGGCGCGAAUUCAAAAAGUCGCGUGUUCCAAGUUAGACCAUCCCAAUAGAGAAAAAAUAUAAAUACAGCCAAAACUGACCAAGAAAAAAGUGUGCAAACAUGUCUUCUAAUAACUUUAUGUUAACUAAAGAUGUAAAAAUAAAUCAUGUAACGAGUGUUACUUAAUUUUAAUAAAAUUAACUUUCAAAAUUAGCAAAAUUAAGGAACUUGAGUGUGAUAAAUUUUUUUCUUCUUGAAACAUGAAUGAAAGUGUACAAGAAACUACGAUAGUAUAUAGGGUAGUUGAAAAAGAAGAAAUUGAUCAGGAAGAACAAUUUAAUAAUUGGUGGGCUCUACUGGCUUUGGGUCUUGUGUUGGCAACUGCAGCAGGAAAUAUUUUGGUUUGUUUGGCGAUAACUUGGGAGAGAAGACUUCAAAAUGUCACUAAUUAUUUUUUGAUGUCAUUGGCAAUCACCGAUUUAAUGGUAGCAAUCUUGGUAAUGCCCUUGGGGAUUUUAACAUUAGUACGCGGUUAUUUCCCGUUACCAUCGAUUUAUUGCCUCGCAUGGAUUUGUUUGGAUGUACUGUUCUGUACGGCGUCAAUCAUGCAUCUUUGCACGAUCAGCGUGGAUAGAUACCUCUCAUUGAGGUACCCAAUGAAGUUCGGGCGAAAUAAAUCAAGAAGACGAGUCACCCUUAAAAUUGUUUUUGUGUGGUUACUUUCAAUCGCUAUGAGUUUACCACUAAGCUUAAUGUAUUCAAAAGAUCAAGACUCUGUAUUAAUUCAAGGCGAGUGCCAAAUUCCUGACGCAACAUACAAAUUUAUAGGCUCAAUAGUUUGUUUUUACAUCCCACUGGUGGUGAUGUUGCUCACUUAUGCGUUAACUGUUCGACUUUUGGCGAAGCAAAGGCAAAAUUUGGGAGCUCCCGAUUGGUCCAGUGGUUGGUUGGGAGGACCCUCGACUACUGGUUUAGAACGUCGCUGCACGUGGCGCCGUCUCUUGCACGCUACUCGACGUCCCGCAACGCCUCAACACGGUCAUUCGGCAGCAUCAACGGAUACCGAUUUAACCACAAUCGAUACACACGAAUUGUGGAUACAGGAGAUGGAACCGGCACCUUGCACAAUGUCAGCUUUGGGUCAGUUUGGUGCUGAAAUGCUUAAACUUUCUCGUGGACUCGAAGCUGCAUCUACACACAAUUCCAAACAAAAUCAUCAACUUAAUGACAACAAUAAAAGUAGCAAAAUCGAAUCAAACGAACCAACAGAGAGCGUUUCAGAUUCAGCAUCUCCACUUCUUAGUAAUAGAAAUUCUCCAUCUUCUUGGUUAACGAGACGAAGAAGAGCGUCAACUUUUCAUGAAGGUGAUCAAAGAGAUGAGAGUCCCCAACCUAAAUGGAGAAAAAGGGGUUCUAGCUUCCACGAGAUUAGAUACACUCCACCUGAAUCAUCUUCAACGUCAAUCCCAUCCGAAAUUAGUACUUUACCUCUUCCUCCUCCAUGUACUUGUCCUUAUUUUGGGGAGAAACAAUCAGAUAAAUCACCCCCACCACCUCCGACGGAGGUAAAAAUAAUUCCGACCAUCGGAAAUAGUUUGCCGGUUGAAAAUACACCAUCACCGGUUCAACCUCAAAGGAUAAAUUUAGAUAUAGAAAAAUCUUCGAUGUCUCCACUUAAGAGAUCAAUUAUUAAUAGAAAUAGAGAUCAUUCACCUAAUAACAUUGUAGUUACUUGGGAAUCAAGGAAGAGUCAUCGUAGGGGAUCUAGUUUUGGAAGUACCAAAACUUCAUUGAGUACUUCUCAAAACCAAAGAACUCCUUUAUUGCUACGAAGAGCGGCAACUGUUAAACACAACGGCCACGCCGCUCAUAAUUUAGAUAAAUCGAAAAACCCCUCAUCUCCAUGUUUACUUCAAAGAUAUAAUUGUAAUAGUAGUAGAACAGCAGGAAACGUACGACCUCAUCACAGCAGAAACUCAAGCGUCAUUUCAAGAAACUCGUCAAGACACGGCAGGAUAAUUCGUCUCGAACAGAAAGCGACGAAAGUGCUCGGUGUAGUGUUCUUCACGUUCGUUAUCCUUUGGGCGCCGUUUUUCGUGUUAAACUUACUUCCGGUGUUUUGCCCAAAAUGUGAGAAACACAUCGGAAAUUGGGUGAUGCAGUUUGUUACGUGGUUAGGUUACGCCAGUUCGAUGGUAAACCCAAUUUUCUACACUAUUUUCAAUAAAGUCUUCAGACAAGCUUUCAAGAAGGUGCUUCUUUGCAGGUAUAGAAACCAAACGUGGCGACCACACAGGUGACAAAUCUAAGUUAUUUAAAAAAAACCUGAUAAGAGCUAAUUUAUAAUAAUAAAUGUCAAUCAUCACUGUGUAGUUAUAAGUCAACUAGGAAUUCCUAAUUUAUUUUUGUACAUAUAAAUACAUAUAAUAAGUAGAAAUGUAAAUGUUAAACGAGUAAAUACCGAUAUAUAUCUCUAUCAUUUACUCUCCACGUGAAUUAAUGUAUUUGUAUUUGAAUUCCCUACUGGCCUACAAUUAAAUAUGAAAACGUGGGCUAAAUUGAAUAGUUGUAUAACUCUAUUGUUCAUAUAUACAGGAUAUUUAAAAUUUCCUAAAUGGGUAUUUCGAUUAAUGGUUUUUAUUAAAAAAUGGAAUUUAUUUAUACGCAUUAAAUAAAUAACGAAGCUAUGCGAUUAAUUUAAAAACGUAAUAAUAUAUAAACGUAUUUGACAAUGUACGUUUAGUAUUUUUAACGUAUUUAUUUAAAACCUACAUUGUUUAAUACAAUAAUGAAAUACAAUAU